CAACUUCUGACUUAUUAUGAACUGGAUCUUGGCCUUAACCAUGUUGUCCGCAAAUAUUCCGAACCAUUGGAGGAGCAUGCGAAUUUCCUGAUUGCUGUCCCUGGUGGCAACGAAGGUCCUUCUGGUAUAUUGAUUUGCUCAGAGAACUACAUAACAUACAAAAAUUUUGGUGAUCAACCUGAUAUACGUUGUCCAAUACCUCAGCGACGAAAUGAUCUGGAUGAUCCUGAUAGAGGUAUUUUAUUUGUAUGUAGCGCCUCACAUAAAACGAAGAACUUAUUUUUCUUUUUAGCUCAAACAGAACAAGGAGAUAUCUUUAAAAUAAAUCUCGAAGUCGAUGAUGAUAUGGUGACGGAGAUUAAGCUCAAAUAUUUCGAUACUGUUCCAGUGGCUUCUGCUAUGUGUGUUUGAAGACAGGUUUUCUGUUCGUUGCAUCAGAGUUCGGCAACCAUUGUCUAUAUCAAAUUGCUCAUCUUGGUGAUGAUGAUGACGAGCCAGAAUUCUCUUCGGCCAUGCCUUUAGAAGAGGGAGAUACGUUUUACUUCGCCCCAGACCACUUAAAAAUCUCAUUGAAGUUGAUGUCUUGGAAAGUUUAUCUCCUGUUAUGAGCUGUCACGUGAAUACGCCUCAGUUGGCUGCUUUGUGUGGGCGAGGUCCAGGAUCAACAUUUAGGCUUUUAAGACAUGGUUUAGAGGUAUCUGAAAUGGCAAAAUCAGACCUUCCAGGUAAUCCAAACGCAGUGUGGACAGUUAAGCGAAAUUCUGAAGAGGAAUAUGAUGCGUACAUUAUUGUAUCAUUUGUCAACGCAACAUUAGUGUUGUCCAUUGGGGAAACGGUUGAAGAAGUCACUGAUUCAGGAUUUCUGGGUACAACUCCUACACUUACCUGUUCACAGUUGGGCGAUGAUGCACUUGUCCAAGUUUAUCCUGAUGGUAUUCGUCAUAUUCGGUCUGACAAAAGAGUAAACGUUUGGCGUGCACCUGGGAAGAAAACCAUUACCAAAUGUGCUGUUAAUCGUCGACAAGUGGUUAUAGCCCUUACUGGUGGCGAGCUAGUUUAUUUUGAAAUGGAUAUGACCGGACAACUAAACGAAUAUACAGAAAGGAAAGAAAUGCCAGCAGAUGUUAUUUGUAUGGCUCUUGGACGAAUUCCUGCAAAUGAACAGCGUUCUCGGUUUCUCGCCGUGGGCUUGGCGGAUAAUACUGUCCGUAUUUUAUCACUGGAUCCAUCAGAUUGUCUCACUCCCCUCACAAUGCAAGGAAUACCAUCUACUCCGGAAUCGCUUUGCAUAGUUGAAAUGGGAACGAAUGAACCAUCGCCUUCUACAGAUGAUGGGGAGUCAGAAGCGACAUCUUCAGGUGGCAUCCUUUACAUGAACAUUGGUCUGAUCAAUGGUGUGUUGUUGCGGGUUAUCCUGGAUCCAGUCACUGGUGAACUAUCAGAUACACGUACACGGUACCUAGGUACUCGUCCCGUAAAGUUAUUUCGCAUAAUGAUGCAAGGAGGAGAGGCAGUUCUAUCUGUUUCGAGCCGCUCUUGGCUUAGUUAUGCAUAUCAAAAUCGAUUUCAUCUCAUACCACUUUCUUAUGAAGCACUAGAAUAUGCAUCUGGUUUUUCUUCCGAACAAUGUCCUGAAGGUAUUGUAGCGAUUUGCAAUAAUUCUUUACGGAUUAUGGCACUUGAGAAACUUGGCGCAGUAUUUAAUCAAAUUAGUUAUCCACUCCAGUAUACACCUCGUAAAUUUGUUUUUCAUCCAGAUUCAAAUAUUACUUACAUAAUUGAAACGGAUCACAAUAGUUAUACAGAUGAUGUUAAAAAUACUCAUAAACGUCAAAUGGCUGAGAAAAUGAUAGCCUCUGCUCUUGGUGGAACUUCUGAGGAUAUGGUUCUAGCGAAAGAGUCCGCUGCUGCUUUUCUUUCGGAAAAUCUUCCUGAGGCAAUAUUUGGCGCUCCAAAGGCUGGGCCUGGUAUGUGGGCAAGUUUACUGCGAUGUUUUAAACCAUUGGAUGGAAGCACAUGUCAGAUAAUACGAUUCCCACAAAAUGAAGCUGCUCAUGCCUUAACCUUUGUCAAAUUCAAUAAUCAUCCAGCUGAACAAUUCCUUGUUGUGGCUCUUGUCAAAGAUCUUAUCCUCAAUCCACGUUCAUGUUCUGGUGGUUGUUUAAAAACAUAUCGAAUUUGGAACAAUGGCGAGCGUCUUGAAUUCCUUCACGAAACACCAGUUGAUGAUUUUCCAGCAGCUCUAUGUGCUUUUCAAGGUCGUCUUCUUGUGGGUGUCGGAAAUCGAUUACGAAUAUAUGAUCUGGGGAAAAAAAAGUUGUUGAAAAAAUGUGAAAACAAGCAUAUUCCUACCCUAAUCAAUGGUAUUUAUUCUGUAGGCAGUCGGAUAAUUGUGACAGAUGUUCAAGAAAGUGUUCAUUGGGUCCGUUAUAGACCACGCUCCGAUAGCCAAUUAGUUAUAUUUGCAGAUGAUACUAAUCCCCGUUGGAUUAUACAUUUAGCAGUACUGGAUGCUUCAACAGUAGCAGUUUCAGAUAAAUUUGGAAAUGUCACUAUUCUGCGUUUACCACCUAAUGUUAUCGAUGAUAUUGAAGAUGAUCCUAGUGGCAAUCGCGCGCUUUGGGACAGAGGUUUCCUUGGCGGAGCAAGUCAAAAGUGUGACGUGUUAUGUCAUUUUUACGUCGGUGAGGUUGUUACUUGUUUACAGAAGGCCACUUUGAUCCCUGGAGGUUCUGAGGGUAUUGUUUAUUCAACAAUAUCUGGUAGCAUCGGAAUGUUGGUUCCCUUUGCUUCUCGAGAUGCCUAUGAUUUCUUCCAACAUUUGGAGCUACAUAUGAGAGCUGAAGGAUUAUCUUUAGUUGGUCGGGAACACGUACAUUAUCGUUCACAACAUUAUCCAGUUAGAAAUGUGAUUGAUGGUGAUCUCUGUGAAAUUUUCAACUCUCUAGAAGGCAGUAAACAAAGAUCAAUCGCUGAAGAAAUGGAUAAAACUCCUAGUGAUAUCGCUAAACGUCUGGAGGAUAUACGUACUCGCUUCGCGUUCUAAAUUCUUAAAAUAAAUAAACAUAAUAAACGUCUUUAAGUGUGACCAUGUUUUAAUGUAAAUAAAUUUUAUAAUAUCUUCUG